AUGAAGGUCUCUAUGAUCCUCGGCUUCGCGUCUAUCGCUGCCGCUCUGCCCGCCGUGACCGCUCCAGCUGAGACGCGCGACGUCGUCGUGAGCGACAAGUCCUUGGCGAAUGAGCGCUCCGCUCAGCCCCUCGAAGAUGCAGGCAUCGCCCCAGUCUUGAUGGCGAGGGAGAACUUUGAGAGAAUCGUCCCUUGGCCUACUACGUCUGUCAUUGGCGGUGGCACUAGCUUUCAGUACAAGGCAGAGCCCCUCGGCAACGACCAGUUCAAGAUCACCUUCUACCACAGCGCCCCGUUCAGCACUCUCACCUUCAAAUACACCGUCUACGCCGGCGACGGCAUCAUCGCAAGUGAGACUCUGUCGGCCGGAACGAGCUCAAAGUCUGUGCAAGUCAGCCGUAUCGGCGAGAGUUUUCGCAUCGUUAUCCAGUCGAUUUAA